CACCAGAGGCCGGCCACCACAAAGGCAUUGCCGAUGGAGAACCUGCCGGAAACAUUUUACGUGGACCCCACAUGGGGAACGCCGCCGAUAACCACCGCAUUCGCCGCCGCACGCCUGUCGGAGCCCUCGCCGGAGGAACUGUUGCUCCUGCUUCACCGCCCUUCUCGCCGCGAGGAUGCCUUGGCGGUUCUUGUUACGAAGCGAGAAACAUGGGAGGAUCUACCUUUGUUGCUGUGGAAUUCAUUCAACACGGUAUUUAUACUACUACAGGAAGUGAUGUCAGCAUACAAGAAGUUAGCUCCCUCAAAGAUGACCGCCAGAGAGUCUACCCGUGUUUGCAAUGCCAUUGCACUAUUUCAGUGCAUAGCUAGUCACCCGCAGACAAGGAUGGAAUUUGUCAAAGCUAAGAUAACAUUUUAUCUCCACCCAUUUCUUGCAAUAACUGCAAAUGGCGACAAGCCUUUGGAGUUGAUGAGGCUUACUAGUUUAGGUGUAUUUGGCGCCCUAGUGAAGUCUGAGGAUGGAGAUGGGAAACAAAUUGUCCAUUUUCUUCUAAAAUCUGAGGUCUUCCCCAUGUGCCUACGUUGCAUGGAUCUUGGUGAUGAACUUACUCAAACUGUGAGUUGAUUAAAUUAAUGAUUUUUUUUAAAACAAUCUUACAACGUUUAGAUAAAAAAAAACGCAAAAAUCAAAAUAUAAAAUCGUG